GGAGUCGCCGACUCCUACUUCCUCUCGGGAGGAGGGGCUCGAGUUCCGCGUCGUCGCGCAGAGCUGACUCUGGGAGGCGUUUGGGCCCAGAGAAGUGGUUCGGCUGCCUGCGCCGCAUGGAGUCCGAAUCGGAAAGCGGGGCCGCCGCUGACACCCCUCCGUUGGAGACGCUGAGCUUUCACGGCGAUGAAGAGAUUAUCGAAGUGGUAGAACUGGAUCCCGGCCCGCCGGACCCGGAUGAUCUGGCUCAAGAGAUGGAAGAUGUGGACUUCGAAGAAGAGGAAGAAGAUGAAGAGGGCAAUGAGGAGGGUUGGGUCCUGGAACCCCAGGAAGGGGUAGUCGGCAGCAUGGAGGGCCCUGAUGACAGCGAGGUGACCUUUGCGUUGCACUCAGCAUCUGUGUUUUGUGUGAGCCUGGACCCCAAGACCAACACCUUGGCAGUGACAGGGGGUGAAGAUGACAAAGCCUUCGUGUGGAGGCUGAGUGACGGGGAGCUGCUCUUUGAGUGUGCAGGCCAUAAAGACUCUGUGACUUGUGCUGGUUUCAGCCAUGACUCCACUCUAGUGGCCACGGGAGACAUGAGUGGUCUCUUAAAAGUGUGGCAGGUAGACACCAAGGAGGAGGUCUGGUCCUUUGAAGCAGGAGACCUGGAGUGGAUGGAGUGGCACCCCCGGGCACCUGUCCUGCUGGCAGGCACGGCCGACGGCAACACCUGGAUGUGGAAGGUCCCGAAUGGUGACUGCAAAACCUUCCAGGGCCCCACCUGCCCAGCCACCUGUGGCCGUGUCCUCCCUGACGGGAAGAGAGCUGUGGUAGGCUAUGAAGAUGGCACCAUCCGGAUUUGGGAUCUGAAGCAGGGAAGCCCCAUCCAUGUCCUGAAAGGCACUGAGGGUCACCAGGGACCUCUGACCUGUGUUGCCACCAACCAAGAUGGAAGCCUGAUUCUGACUGGUUCUGUGGACUGCCAGGCCAAGCUGGUCAGUGCCACUACUGGCAAGGUGGUGGGUGUGUUCAGACCUGAGACUGUGGCCUCCCAGCCCAGCCUGGGCGAGGGGGAGGAGAGCGAGUCCAACUCAGUGGAGUCCCUGGGCUUCUGCAGUGUGAUGCCUCUGGCUGCUGUUGGCUACUUAGAUGGAACCCUGGCCAUUUAUGACCUGUCUACACAGACACUCAGGCAUCAGUGUCAGCACCAGUCGGGCAUUGUGCAGCUGCUGUGGGAGGCGGGCACCGCCGUGGUGUACACUUGCAGCCUGGAUGGCAUCGUGCGCCUCUGGGAUGCCCGGACUGGCCGUUUGCUCACCGACUACAGGGGACACACGGCCGAGAUCCUGGACUUCGCCCUCAGCAAAGAUGCCUCCCUGGUGGUAACUACGUCAGGAGACCACAGAGCGAAAGUAUUUUGUGUCCAGAGGCCUGACCGUUAAUGGCUGCUGUCUCUGGUGUGGUGUCUGGUGUGGCGGGGGAUGAAGGGAGGAUUCUCCUCCACCCCUCCACCACCACCACCAGCAGAGGUGUGGGGUACAGAGAAAAGAGGGGAGGGGGCUCGGACUACUUUGCAACCUCUUCAACUGAUCUGUCCCCUCUCUGUCCUUCUCUUGAGACCCACCCUUGUCCUGCGGCCUCCCUCCCUCCCCACCCCUGUCUCCAUUGCCCUUCGGGGCCCUUCCGGGGAGGGCAGACCUCUUUCUCUUUCACUUUCCUUUGCUGGUGUGAGCCAUGGGGUCCGUAUUUGUAUGUGGGGAGUAGGUCUUUGAAGUUCCCGUUCUUUCCCUUCCCAAGUCUCAGGGGAUGGAAAGGAGGAAGAGAUACUAGUUACAGAUUUUAAAAAUGUAAAUAAAAUAUACUUCCCAGA